AUGUCGGAUUCCAGAUCGAACGCAAACGAUUCCAAGCAGUCGCAACCCUUGCAACGACCGCAGGCCCCCGAAAUCAAAAUCAAUACUGACUUUAACGAAGAGAUCUCACCGAGCACGGCGCAUCCCACCUUACAGAUCUCCAGCGAAAAUGCCUAUUCCAAUGAUACGAGCGCUCUCUUGAACAGCGGCAGUGUUUCGCCCUUGGAUGGGACUUCAGGUGGCUCAAUACGCUCUUUCACAUCUGACCCACGGGAUCACGAGAGUCGACCGACCUCUCCGCACAACGUCUCGUCUCCCACACACAAGAUGAACGACUCCGUGUCCCAUUCGAAUUACCUGGCUGUGCCUGGCACUAGAUCCCGCGGGAAUUCAUUGGAGUCGGAGGACACGCAUCAGUCGUCCAGCACAUAUGGAGGUGAUACCUAUGUACCAACAGCAUCUCAUGGAUCUCGUGCAGAUCUGACGAAGAACAUGGUUAUAAAUGAUGAGGACGCCCUUAAGCCAGAUCCGGGCCGCGAAGAUGAUUUUACGGUGGAGAAUAACAAGUUUGCCUUCUCGCCGGGCCAGCUAAACAAGCUUCUAAACCCCAAAAAUCUCGGCGCAUUCCAUGCCCUAGGUGGCCUUCGUGGCAUAGAGAAGGGGCUGCGGACUGACAUUAACAGUGGGCUGAGUAUGGAUGAGACCGUAUUGGAUGGAACCGUGAGCUUUGAGGACGCAACGUCAAUCGCUUCGGAGGAAUCGACACAAGAGUCUCCUUCCCAGCCCCCGCGGCAACCGACAAGAUCUGGCACAGAACCUGCGAAACCACCUGACAGUGGCUACACUGACCGGAAACGUGUCUAUGGCAGCAACAAACUUCCUGAAAGAAAGCCCAAGAGUAUCUUCGAGUUGGCUUGGAUUGCAUAUAACGAUAAGGUUUUGAUUCUCUUGACGGUUGCUGCUAUUAUUUCACUCGCUCUCGGCAUCUACCAGUCUGUAACAGCCAAGCCAGGCGAACCCAAAGUAGAAUGGGUCGAAGGUGUCGCUAUUAUUGUGGCCAUUGUGAUUGUGGUGAUAGUGGGUGCUGCGAACGACUGGCAGAAGGAGCGCCAAUUUGUGAAACUGAACAAAAAGAAGGAUGACCGACAGGUUAAAGUGAUUCGUUCUGGGAAAACACUGGAGAUUCCAAUUCACGACGUGCUAGUCGGCGACGUCAUGCAUCUCGAACCCGGCGAUGUAAUCCCAGUGGACGGUAUUUUCAUCAGUGGUCACGAUGUCAAGUGUGACGAGUCCUCCGCGACAGGUGAGUCGGAUGUGUUACGCAAGACUGCCGCCAACGAAGUCUUCCGGGCUAUUGAGCAACAUGAAAACCUCUCGAAACAAGACCCUUUCAUCGUGUCCGGUGCGAAAGUCUCCGAAGGCGUGGGGACAUUCAUGGUCACAUCCGUUGGAGUCCAUUCGACAUACGGGAAAACGAUGAUAUCUCUCCAAGAUGAGGGCCAGACGACCCCGCUGCAGUCGAAGCUGAAUGUUCUCGCUGAAUAUAUCGCCAAACUCGGUCUUGCCGCCGGACUAUUGUUGUUUCUUGUGCUGUUUAUCAAAUUCCUCGCUCAGCUGAAAACCAUCGACGGCGCCGAUGAGAAAGGUCAGGCUUUUCUUAGGAUUUUCAUUGUCGCUGUGACAGUGAUCGUAGUCGCUGUCCCCGAAGGAUUGCCUCUGGCUGUCACACUGGCGCUCGCCUUCGCCACAACGCGCAUGCUCAAGGACAACAACCUGGUGCGGCUGCUCCGGGCUUGUGAGACUAUGGGGAACGCGACAACGAUUUGUUCCGACAAGACAGGUACCCUGACGGAAAACAAAAUGACAGCUGUUGCUGCCACUAUGGGGACGACCUUUAGUUUCGUCAAGGAUGCCGGUGCUUCUUCCAAUGGAACGGCUGAGGAUAGCGACGCACAAGAAGUUUUAAAUGCCUUGUCACCAUCUGAAUUUGCCAAAAGUCUUUCUGCUCCCGCCAAGCAGCUUUUACUCGACUCCAUCGUGCUGAACUCCACCGCAUUUGAAGGGGAACAGGAGGGGGCUAUGACGUUUAUUGGUUCAAAGACCGAAACAGCGCUUCUGGGUUUCGCAAGAACUUACCUCGCCCUCGGUUCGCUUAGUGAGGCACGGGCUAACGCAGAAGUCGCUCAGAUGGUGCCGUUUGAUUCUGGUCGAAAGUGUAUGGCUAUUGUCAUCAAAAUGGGACCUGGAAAGUACAGAAUGUUGGUCAAAGGUGCAGCGGAGAUUCUGGCUGCAAAAUCUACGCGUAUCAUUUCCGAUCCAACAAAAGAUCUAUCUAAUCACCCGGUAUCCGAUGACGAUAGGAAUACCUUGAAUACGACGAUAGAUCGAUAUGCGGCCAAGUCCUUAAGAGCGAUCAGCUUAGUGUACCGCGAUUUCAGUCAAUGGCCGCCCGAAGGCGUACGCAAGCAGGAAAAAGAUCGCAGCCUCGCGGACUUUGACGCUGUAUUCAAGGACAUGACCAUGUUCGCUGUUUUUGGCAUUCAGGAUCCCCUCCGAGCUGGUGUGACAGAAUCUGUUAAACAAUGCCAGAAAGCUGGUGUUUUUGUCCGAAUGGUGACCGGAGAUAAUAUAAAUACGGCCAAGGCUAUUGCUGGAGAGUGUGGUAUCUUUACGCCUGGAGGAAUUGCAAUUGAAGGACCCAAAUUUCGCCAACUUAGCUCCGCUCAGAUCCACCAGAUUAUCCCUCGACUGCAGCUAGGUGAGACGGUUGCGGUUACCGGAGAUGGAACAAAUGAUGCCCAGGCGCUUAAGACAGCAGACGUUGGAUUUUCCAUGGGAAUUGCUGGCACUGAGGUGGCAAAGGAGGCGUCGGAUAUCAUCCUGAUGGACGAUAACUUUACCUCGAUCAUCAAGGCUAUGGCCUGGGGUAGGACUGUGAACGACGCGGUCAAGAAGUUUCUGCAGUUCCAAAUUACCGUCAAUAUCACUGCGGUUCUCCUAACAUUCAUCUCAGCAGUGGCUAGUGACACUGAAGAAUCGGUUCUUACGGCAGUACAACUUCUAUGGGUCAAUCUCAUUAUGGACACUUUCGCAGCGCUUGCUCUAGCGACUGAUCCCCCUUCUCCACAUGUUCUUGACCGCAGACCCGAACCCAAAUCCGCUCCGCUUAUCACCCUCACGAUGUGGAAAAUGAUUAUCGGCCAAAGUAUUUAUCAAAUGGCUGUCACGCUUGUCUUGAACUUUGCAGGAGGUCACUUUGGUUACGAAGGCGAUGUACUCUCUACAGUUAUAUUCAAUGCUUUCGUUUGGAUGCAGAUCUUCAAUCAGUGGAAUUCCCGCCGUCUGGACAAUGGGUUCAAUAUCUUUGAAGGCAUGCUCCGCAAUUGGUGGUUCCUUGGAAUCCAAUUCAUCAUCAUGGGUGGGCAGGUCUUGAUCGUUUUUGUUGGUGGCCAUGCCUUCUCUGUCACCAGAAUAAACGGUGCGCAAUGGGGAGUCUGUUUGAUUAUUGGCGUGAUCUCUCUUCCAAUUGCAGUCAUCAUUCGGCUGAUUCCAGAUGCAUUCAUUGAGAAACUCAUCCCAACCUUCUUCCACCGCAAAAAGGCUCCUGAGCUUUUGGUUUCUGACGAGGAUCGCUUCGAGUGGAACCCUGCUCUGACUGAGAUUCGGGAUCAGCUCAAAUUCCUCAAGAGGGUCCGUGGAGGUCGGUUGAGACAUCUGAAGCACAAAUUGCAGCACCCUGAAGAGUUCCUUCCAAGAUCGCGGAGCGGUUCAAGGUCAUCACGGUCAAGAGAGAACUCGGUUCCUGGAACGCCUGUCAAUGAACGCAGCAGUACCCCAUCUCAGCCCCCUACGCCAGAGUCACGGUCAAGAAGACGAGCUCGGUCUCGCUCGAACUCGGCAUUUGGACCUGCUGCAGCCAUGGCGGGUGUAGUUGCUGGAAGUAUUGCAGGCUGGUCGCCAAUUGAACGAGCGCCAACAGACGGACAGCCCUUCAAGUUCGACCUCACUCCACACGGGGGCUUGGAAAACCAGCAAGGCAUUGAAAUUCACCCCAAGACAGCGGCAGACGAUCGGAUCGUGGGAGACUAUCUUUCAUCGUCGAAGACGCCACCAAGUCAAAAUCCAGACCUCCUGCCUUACUUUGAGCAUGCUCCCCCUGCACGGGCUCCAUCUAGCCGUAGCAUAAGGUCAACAUCUGCUCACAGUCGGUCCGCUCACAGCCGGUCCGCAUCCCGAAACGAAAGUUGA